AAGCAGCAAAGUAGAGAAGAAACAUAAAAGCAGCGUAAAAAGUUGUUGGGCGUCAAUAAUUUAGUGAAAAACUCAAGUUUAAUUAAAAGUGAUAAAAAUACAUCUUCGGAGACAUGUUGGCAUUAAUAAAUAGAAUAUUAGAUUGGUUUAAAAGUAUAUUUUGGAAAGAAGAAAUGGAAUUAACUUUGGUUGGCUUGCAAUAUUCAGGCAAAACGACUUUUGUAAAUGUUAUUGCAUCCGGCCAAUUUACCGAAGACAUGAUACCUACAGUUGGCUUUAAUAUGCGUCGAAUUACCAAAGGUAAUGUAACGAUCAAAGUAUGGGAUAUUGGCGGUCAACCAAGAUUUCGAUCAAUGUGGGAGCGAUAUUGCCGAGGUGUCAACGCUAUUGUCUAUAUGGUGGAUGCUGCCGAUCUGGAAAAAAUGGAAGCAUCUCGUAAUGAGUUGCAUUCUUUGCUAGAUAAACCGCAAUUAGCUGGUAUUCCUGUACUCGUACUAGGGAAUAAACGCGAUCUUCCUGGUGCUUUAGAUGAAACCGGUCUUAUAGAGCGAAUGAAUCUUUCUAGUGUACAAGACAGAGAAAUAUGUUGUUAUAGCAUUUCAUGCAAAGAGAAGGAUAACAUUGACAUAACACUGCAAUGGUUAAUUGCACAUUCAAAAAGCCAAAAUCGUUAAAAUAUAUCACAAUUAGUGUUUGUUUUUAUAUAUUAUUUUACAAGACUAAUAAUUAUGUUUUGUAUUUUUUAGCUUGUGAUGUUUACGGAAAUAGAGCACGUUCAAUUAUAUAGGUGCUGGAAAGGGCAAAUAUCCAAAUUCAAUUAAUUUUGACUAAAAAACUUUUCAUUUCUAUUUUUCGUUUUCCUAACGCGAAACAUUUUACGUUUUUAUACAAAGGUUGGAAAAAUCUGUUUAAUAGACUUUUCUUUCUUCACAUUAUAAUUUUCUUUCAUUAAGACGCGGUAUAAACGAAGGUAUUUUGCGUGUAGUUAAGAAAAAGGAGACAACUAUUAAAAAGCAAUUGAAAUUUUACACUGAAUUAGUUUUAAAAAAUUGCUUUUGACAUGAUUUCUGACAACCAAAAUAGACGGUAGAGUGUUGCAUAUAUAGUUCUUGUGUUUAAGUUUAAGUUAUAAGGAUCAUUAAGCGAAUUGAUUGGUCUAAAUCUAAAAUAUAAGUAUAUAUAAAAACUAUGAGAAUAUGAAAUAAAGGAAAUAAUAACAAGUCUUAGCUUGUUGUUCUAAUUUCUAAAAGGGCUAGGUGACCGAUCUAUUUAUUCAGCAACAUGUGGAAAAACAAUUGUUUCGCAUCGAGUCUACAGAG